GUUGCGCUAGCACGGCAAAGACCUGCUGAGAUUCCGUCUCUCUGCCUACGUGGGUAGUUUUUCCUCGAGCAAGCCGAAAAACAAGUGCAUUCAUAAGGGAGGAAAGUGAAGCCCGAAUGCACGAGCAACGUCAUUCUGACCCGGAGCAGCAGCAGCAGCGACAACAGCAGCAGCAACGAUGAGUCAGACUUGGUCGCCGUCGUCGAGUGUCGACCUAAGGCCGCGUUAUCGGCCUGCAACUCUGCUCUUCGUAUUCAUCGUUUUUCAACGUUUCCGUUGCGUCGUCCCACAGGAAAUAUCGCUCAGCGAUGUCAAAGCCUGGUCGGACAAGCUCAGCUUCGAGCUGCUCCAGCUCGGCAAUUACGUGACGAACAUCGAAAAGUUCCAAGAGGUCUACGAUCCGGUGGAGAUCAAGAUCAACGACGGCAAGGGCUUGGUCGAGUCGAUGGCGAAAAACAUCGAGAACAUGCUCAGUUCCAAAGUCGACGCGAUACAGCGCAUAAUGGACGUGGCCGAGUCGACGGCCCUAGCCGCGUCGACGACGGACGCGAUGCCCGAGCCGCCGGACGAGGAGUACGAGUACAAGGACGCCAAGAACCACAGCCACAUCCCGACGAGCUACAGCGAGCACUUUGGCGGCAAGGUGAACCUCAACUUCUCGGCGGUGCACGUGCCCACGACGGUCUACGGCCGGGCCAAGGAGGUGCUCAAGGCCAUCCGCUGGUCCGAGGAGCUCGACAGCACCUUCAAGAACAACUACCGGACGGACGCCUCGCUCUCCUGGCAGUACUUCGGCAGCUCGACCGGCUUCAUGCGCCAGUACCCGGCGCUCAACUGGAAGCCCAACGGCAGCGACGUGCACAACCCCGACCUCUUCGACUGCCGCACCCGCAGCUGGUACAUCGAGGCUGCCACCAGCCCCAAGGACGUUCUCAUACUGGUCGAUACUUCCGGAAGUAUGACGGGCAUGAGGAAGGAGAUCGCACGGCACGUCGUCAAUAACAUACUCGACACUCUCGGCAACAACGACUACGUCAACAUCUUCAAGUUUUCCAACGUCACCGAGAUGGCCGUGCCGUGCUUUGGCGAUGGUCUAGUUCAGGCGAAUUUGGCUAACAUUCGGGAGUUGAAGAACGGAAUGGCCGAAAUGAACACCGAACGAAUAGCCAACUUCUCCAUGAUCCUGACCUACGCCUUCGAUCUCCUGGAGGAGUACCGGGCCGAGCGCAAGGGCGCCUGCUGCAAUCAGGCCAUCAUGCUCAUAACCGACGGCGUGCCCGACAAUUACAAGGAGAUAUUCCAGAGGUACAACUGGGCCAACAAUCCCGACAAUCCCGACCAGGCGGACAUGCCGGUGCGCAUAUUCACCUACAUAAUCGGCCGCGAGGUCGCCGACGUGAGGGACUCGCGCUGGAUGGCCUGCGCCAAUCGCGGCUACUUCGUCCACCUGUCCACUUUGGCCGAGGUCCGCGAGCAGGUCCUCAAUUACAUCUCGGUCAUGGCCAGGCCGCUCGUCCUCAAUCUCACCAUGCACCCGACCAUCUGGACGCCCGUUUACGCCGACAUCGCCGAUCCCAAGAUCACCGACUGGCUCUGGGACAAGAAGGAGCGCAACGACCAGAAGGAGAGAUACUGGAUCUAUCGCAGGAACAAAAAGUCCAUGUACCUCGAGGACGAGCUGGCCCAGUACGUCAAGAGGAUCAGAAAGCAUCCCAAUUUGGCCGGUGACAUGUACAAGUAUCGUCUCAUGACCUCGGUCAGUAUGCCCGUCUUUGAUCGCAGGGAGAAUGCGACGAGAAUAGCUAAUUUAUUGGGAGUUGCUGGAACCGACGUCCCCGUCGACGAUAUCAAGCAGCUUAUGGCUCCGCACUUGUUGGGAGUGCACGGCUAUGCAUUCAUUGUGACCAACAACGGCUUUAUUCUCACGCAUCCCGAUUUACGGCCAGUGUUUCAAGGGAUUUUGAAGCCAGCCUAUAACAGCGUGGAUAUGGCGGAAGUUGAGUUGACCGAAGGUGACGAAGAGCCGAGGCUCUUUAACGAGCUGCUUUUGAAGUUCCGAGAGGAUGUGAUCUACCAAAAAGAUCACAGCGAUGCCCACAUGCAUACAAAGUAUCAUUACGACGGAGUGAAACGAGUCGGAAAAAUGAAAAGAAAAUACGAUUCGGCGCGCAUAGGCAAUACUCCGUUCACCGUAGUUGUGAGUCUGCCAUUGCACGGCGCGUAUGACACUACCUACAGCAUACACGCCUCUCAAGACAUAAGGCGCAUGAAAACAGACACUGGUAAAGAAGCCAAAGAUUACUUUAAAGGUAAAAAUUGGAGGAUACAUCCGGAUUGGUUGUACUGCAAAUAUUACUUUGAAAAUUCUCAUACAUUUCCAACGCCCGAAGACAGCCUGAGGCACUUUUUGGAAAGAGCUUCACAGCCUGGGUGGAACUGGGGUAAAAUGCCGUACGAGUCCUCGUCUCAGAAUGUGAAAAAAUCUGAGGAGAGCACCGAGGGCCAAUAUUGCGAUAAAAAGUUAUUUGAUAGUUUGAUAUUCGAUGGAGCUAAAACUGAAUGGUUUGCCGAUCCAAAAACAAGCCGAAACGAAAAAGGGCAAGAGUUCCAUCAACGCUUCGGAUUCACGCUGUCGUUCGUGGCGACGCGGAGCGGCCUCACCCGUUGGCAGGACUUUCUGCUGAACGACGAGGAGGAGCCGCCCAGCGAGCCGGGCCCCGACCACUUCAGCCGACUCUACCCCCGGGCCAUCGACGAGAUCUGGUACAAACGGGCCGUCGAGCAGUACUACGUGCAGGCGGGCAGCUUCGUCUUCUCCAUACCGAUAGACGACGACGGGGCCGAGAACACGACCCUGGUGACGGCCAGCCGGGCCGUCUUCGUGGGCAACUCGUCGAUGAAGGCCCCGGCGGCGGUGGUGGGCUUCCAGAUGACCCACACGGCGUUCCAGGGCCUCUUCCAGAACAUCACGUUCGCCUGCAACGGGGGCGGCAAGCAGUGCGAGAGGCACUGCGGCGACAACGACACCGACUGCUUCCUCGUGGACAAUCACGGCUACAUAGUGGCGGCGAAGGAUGCCUCGGACGCCGGACGAUUCCUCGGCGACGUCCACGGCCUCGUCAUGCGAAGCCUCAUCGAGCGCGACGUCUUCGAGAAGAUCACCGUGUUCGAUUACCAGGCGGUCUGCUUCAGGGACAUGGCCGAGACGAGCGACGGCAAUAUUUUGCUUACCCCGUUGAAAAGCCUGGCCAUCGCCGCGUCGUGGCUGUACGGGCAAAUGGCGAUAGCUAUGGCCCGAGCUGGUUUCUGGUCGUGGGACUACGCCGAGGCCGUUGCCUACCCGAACGAGCCCGAAAUGGAGCUGGAAAAGUUCGAGACGCAGGCGCCACCGCUGGAUAUGGAAAAACUCAAGGAAUUCAAGAGGAAGCCCGCGGCCGAGAUCAAAGACGAUCAGAUAUACGACAAACUGAUCAGAAUCAAGAGGACGAGGCCCGAGCCCUGCGAUCAGAAGGUGGAUCUGUACCUGUUGCGAAACAUCACACCUGCGAACCAAGUACUGGACGACCCGAACACAGACAUCACCGGCUGCGAGUACCUCAAGUACAUGGUCCAGCCGGUCAACUCGACCAAUAUGAUUCUGCUGGUGAUCGACAAUCGAGCCUGCCAGAACGUCAUCUUCCGGAUGUCGGUGGAGCCGCGCGAGGUAACCAGCAUCAACGGCUCGCUGGCCUGCCAAAAGACCCUCUCGGACCUGCCGCGUCUCAAGCCCAGCAGCUGCAUCCGCAGCCACCCCAAGGAGAGCGAAAUCAAGGACCUGUGCGGCGGUGCCUCGUCGUUGCUCGAUCGGGGCCAUUUGCUCUGGGCCCGAUUGCUAGCCUGCGGCGUACUCGUGCCGACUCUCGUCGUCAAAUUCCUCCUCUCUUAAUCGUCCACGUGCUUGUCUGACCUACCCCCAUCCUAUUAGUGUGAUGAUUCACUUGGAACUUUUGCAAAUGUUGUGUACGCGACGCCGGACGUCCUUCUAUGUGCUAUUGUCGAGGCAUCGUGCGCUGCUCGGGAUUCUGAGCGAGUAUGAAUUUGUUGCAACGAACUUUGCCGACUCGUGUCUCGUCCUUUAUGCUCGAAUCUCAUCUUAUGCAAACGAAAAGCUCUCAACGCAUAUUCAAAUAUCGAAAUAAGACUGUUGAAGAAAAUCAGAAUUUUUCUAUAUACAUUAGACUGUCCGUUAUUUCCCGAAUGGCUCCAAUCCUCGAUCUCACCCCUUGAAAGCUAAUCAUAGUGACAUACGCGCCAGCUUUUUCCCCAUUUAAAUAACAUGGAAAAAUUAAAACAAUGUAAAUUUGAAUUUUAAACAACUUAAAGGCGCCAAACUUUGAGUUUAGCGACGGUUUUCAUUUCCUGUUAGACCCAUUAUAAGUAACCAAUACUUGUGGUAACCCUUCGAACGGAAUUUCGAUUGUGCCCACAUUUUAUACUAAAAAAAUCGAGAAAAACAGUAUAUUAGCGUUGUUUUUCGUUAUUUUACAGCAAAAAUAAGCGCAAACGAUCAUAUUAAAUAUGUUCAC